CUUUCUUUGCUCACAGGGAUAAGUAGCUGUUAGAGUCAAGCUGGAUCCUUCACUUCAAGACCCCCUUCCUUCUUCUCCCAAAUUCAGUGCUUGCAGGGUUCUAGAUUCCUAAUAGCUGCACACAGAGACAUCUUCUGAUCCAGAGGUGGAGGAAACUUGUACAUAUUUUUUUUUAUAUAUUUUUUUCCAUUUUUUGGGGGCAGACACAUGGAGGUGAUUAUGUUGCAAUCCAUACACUGUGAUGCUUCCCCCAUGCAGGGCUGACUGCCUGUCUUCCAGAAAUCCAAUGCAUUACUGGGAGGCUUCAACUCUCUCCCAACUCCCAGAGUCAGGAACUGUUCUGGACUAAUGAACAAAGAUGCGAAGCCUUCUGCAUUCCUUAUUAGGUCUCUGCUGUGUUUUCGGAGCUUUCGGGGACCUGGUGGAGAUAAAGAGAAUUGCCGAGGAGAACGUCACUCUGAAAUGCCAGCACGAGUUGGGCAUCCUCGGGGAACAGAGCCUGGACAUCGAAUGGUUUUCAAACAUUUCACAUAGCGGGCAGAAGGUGCUAAUCAGUUACAGCGGUGGAAAGGUCUAUGACAAUGAUGACAGAAAAGGACGAUAUAGCUUUGUGUCGAAGUUCCUCGCCGGAGACGCCUCCAUAAUCAUCUGGUCUUUGGAACCCAGCGAUGCCGGAUUUUACACCUGCAAAGUGAAAAACGCAGGGAAAUAUUACUGGAAUUACAUCUGGCUGGAGGUUCUAGUUAAGCCGUCGGAGCCGCAGUGCUGGAUAGACGGAGAUCAGCUGGUCGGAAAGAACGUGACCUUCCACUGCAUGUCAUCGGCUGGCACCAAGCCCUUAACCUACCGCUGGCAACGGAUACGCUACGAGGAUAAAGCGGUGUUAUCCAUGCCGAGUACGGCAAGACUCGAAACCCAACAGAGUCUUCUGCUGCAGAACCUCAGUAAAGCAGAAAAUGGCUCGUACCAAUGCGAAGUGGCCAACGAGGCCGGCAAAAGGACGUGCGUGGUGCACCUGAGAGUGCAGAAUGCAAUGAACGUAGGAUUCCUGGUUAGCGUGAUCUGCGGAUCCGUCGGCGGAGUCCUCCUUCUUUGUGUCACCAUAUGGAUCCUGCUUCGCAAAAAAGAGCUGAAAAAAAGAGAAGAGGAUGAAUUCCUAAAUGAGAUUAGGGAGGACGCGGAAGCCCCGAAAGCUCGCCUGGUGAAACCCGGAUCGUCUUCCUCGGGAUCCAGAAGCUCGCGCUCAGGUUCCUCCUCGACCCGAUCAACAACCAACAGUGCCUCUCGCAGCCAACGGACUCUCUCAACCCAGGAGACCUCCCACGGAGAGCCGAGACAUCAUUGCCUGGACCAGAUAUAGAGCAAACUGGUCGGCCAUCAAAAACCCGAGCGCUCUUCUGGAUCUGGAUACAUUUUGUUUUCAAGGAUUCCAAAAGUCACUUUUUUUUUUU